AUGCAUCUCACCAACACGCUCGCUUCGGCACUGCUUCUCGCAGCAUCUACUCUCGUCGAAGCGCAGGAUUGCGCCAAGUGCGAUUUGGAAGCACAUGGUUUCGCCUCUCUAAACGGGGGAACCACGGGUGGUAAAGGCGGCCGCAUCGUGACGGUCAAGAAACUGGACCAGUUAGUAAAAUAUGCGGCCGCAACGGAACCUCUCAUCAUUCGCAUUGAUGGCAUGAUCAAGGCAAAGCCGUUCGGUUUUGAGGUGCCCGUCAAAAGCCACAAGACGAUCAUUGGUGUCGGCGCUAGAUCAGGUAUCCAUGAGGGCGGCUUCAACAUUAACAGCCAGAAAAACAUCAUCAUCCGCAACCUCAACGUCCAUGGCACCUACGACGGCAAAACGAACUGGGCUGGCAAGGAAGGUGACUUUGACGCCAUCCAAGUUGACAAUUCCACCAAUAUCUGGAUUGACGGUAACCACCUGUCUGAGAUGGGAGAUGGCCUGAUCGAUCUGCGCAAGGACACCGAUUAUGUCACCGUGUCCAAGAACGUGAUUGCGAAGCACAACAAGGCCUUCGGAAUUGGCUGGACUCAGAAUCUGGUCUCCAAGGUCACCAUCAACGACAACUUCUUCCACUCGACCAACGUGCGCAACCCCAGCGGCGACGGUCUAAAAUACGGUCACCUGUACAACAACUACUACCGCAACAUUACGGGCUAUGGCAAUUAUGCGCGGGGUCAUAGCCAGCUGCUCAUCGAGACGAGCUACUUUGAGGAUGUCUUUGACCCCAUCGUCGCUGGACCCCAUGGCCGCAUCAAGACCAACUGGGUCAAAUUCAAGCGUUGCGAUGGCGAGAUCCACCUUGACGUUAAUGCCGACACCGUCUUCCAGGCUUCUGACUUUUACAACUACACGCUUGCCGACGUUUAUGACAUUCCUGUCGACGUCCCCUACAACGCUGGCCCCAAGGAGGAUAUUGGUGUCUAA